AAGUGCGAGUUUAUGGCCAAGCGGCUGUUGAAAGAUUGUGUCAAUGAUUUUAUUUGUAUAUUGAAAUGAUUGUGAUGUUUAUGUAAAAUAUUAGUGGACGCACAUCAAUUGCCUCUUCAUUAGGUGUUCACCAUGGCGGAUAUAAAGAGUAUGCUUGCGAAGAUGAACAAUGGGUCGGCGGGUGAAGGUGACGCUGGUCCGGAUCCUCCAUCUGCGUCGUCCUCGAAGACAUCGAAAAAGGGCACCAUCGAGAAAACUUAUCAGAAAAAGUCUCAACUAGAGCAUAUCUUGUUGCGUCCCGACACAUAUAUCGGUUCCGUAGAGAAACAUCAGGAAGUAAUGUGGAUUUACGAUCAAAAUGAGGGAAGAAUGAUCCAGAAACAGGUGGAAUAUGUACCCGGCUUGUACAAAAUAUUUGAUGAAAUUCUGGUGAAUGCUGCUGAUAACAAACAAAGGGACAAGCGUAUGGACUGCAUUAAAAUUGAAAUCGAUCCGGAAGCUAAUGUUAUCUCCGUUUGGAACAAUGGACAAGGUAUUCCAGUAGUUAUGCACAAGGAAGAGAAAAUGUUUGUUCCCACCAUGAUUUUUGGUCACCUUCUCACUUCUUCUAAUUAUAAUGACGAAGAGGAAAAAGUUACUGGAGGACGCAACGGAUAUGGUGCAAAGUUAUGUAACAUUUUCAGUACAAAAUUUACGGUUGAAACUGCCACUAAGGAAUAUAAAAAGCAGUUCAAACAGACUUGGGCAAGUAAUAUGACAAAAGCUUCGGAUGCCAAAGUUAAGGAGUUUGCGGGCGAUGAUUACACGAAAAUCACCUUCAGCCCUGAUUUGUCCAAGUUUAAAAUGGAAAAGCUGGAUGAUGAUAUAGUGGGUAUAAUGUCUCGAAGAGCAUUCGAUGUAGCAUCCUCCAGUAAAGGGGUGAAAGUAUUCUUGAACGGCAAACGAGUCCCCGUGAAAAGUUUUAAAGAUUACAUCGACUUGUACAUUAAAGAUAAGUCGGACGAAGGACGAAAGGUUAUCCAUGAAGUAUGCAAUGAACGAUGGGAAGUCGCUCUAACCAUGUCCGAUCGUGGCUUUCAACAAAUGUCGUUCGUCAACAGUAUAGCGACGACGAAAGGUGGGAGGCACGUCGAUUAUGUGGCUGACAUGAUAGUAAAACAACUGAUUGAGGUACUAAAGAAAAAAAAUAAAGGAGGUAUUAAUAUCAAACCGUUUCAAGUAAAAAAUCACAUGUGGCUGUUUAUUAAUUGUCUCAUUGUAAAUCCAACCUUUGACUCGCAAACGAAAGAAAAUAUGACGCUGCAAAUGAAAAGUUUUGGAUCUAAAUGUACACUAAGUGAAAAGUUUAUUAAUGCUGUGACAAAAAGUGGUAUUGUUGAAUCAGUAUUAUCAUGGGCAAAGUUUAAAGCUCAAAACGAAUUGGAAAAGAAAGGCGGUAAAAAGCACCUUAAACUCAAAGGUAUUCCAAAACUGGAGGAUGCCAAUGAAGCUGGUACCAAAAACGCCUUGAAAUGUACUUUAAUCUUAACUGAGGGAGAUUCAGCCAAGUCACUGGCUGUUUCAGGAUUAGGUGUAAUUGGAAGGGAUUACUAUGGAGUCUUUCCGUUGAGAGGUAAAUUAUUAAAUGUGCGAGAAGCUACACAUAAACAAAUUUUAGAAAAUGCGGAAAUCAAUAACUUAAUAAAGAUUUUGGGUUUGCAAUAUAAAAAGAAGUACAAUAGUGAAGAUGAUAUGAAGACUUUACGUUAUGGUAAAGUUAUGAUAAUGACUGAUCAAGAUCAGGAUGGAUCACAUAUUAAAGGACUUCUUAUUAAUUUUAUACAUUAUAACUGGCCAGAAUUGCUAAAGCAAAAUUUCUUGGAGGAAUUCAUUACUCCUAUUGUAAAGGCUAGAAAGAAGAACGAGGAAUUGUCGUUUUAUUCCCUACCGGAAUUUGAAGAGUGGAAAAAUAACACACCUAACCAACAUACCUACAGUAUCAAAUACUACAAAGGUUUGGGUACUUCCUCGUCGAAGGAAGCAAAAGAAUAUUUCACUAAUAUGGCCCGUCACCGCAUCAGGUUCCGCUACCAAGGCCAAGAAGACGAUGACCACAUUGUUUUAGCUUUCAGCCGAAAACACAUUGAACACCGCAAAGAAUGGUUGACCAACUUCAUGGUUGAGUCUAGACGGAGAAAGGAAAUCGGUCUUCCUGAAAAAUAUCUAUAUGGAAAGGAUACGAAAUAUGUGUCGUAUACAGAUUUCGUCAAUUUAGAAUUGGUACUGUUCUCCAACGCUGAUAAUGUAAGGUCCAUACCUAGUUUAGUUGAUGGACUUAAGCCAGGUCAAAGAAAGGUGUUGUACACUUGCAUCAAACGUAACGAUAAAAGGGAGGUAAAGGUUGCUCAAUUAGCAGGUUCGGUAGCUGAACAUUCUGCAUACCAUCAUGGUGAAGUGUCACUUUGCAUGACCAUUGUUAAUUUGGCUCAGAACUUCGUCGGAAGCAACAACAUUAAUUUGCUAGAGCCUCGUGGUCAGUUCGGUACUCGCUUAUCUGGUGGAAAAGAUUCAGCCAGUCCCAGGUAUAUUUUCACAAAAAUGUCACCACUCACGAGGUUAAUUUUCCAUCCGCAAGAUGAUCCUCUGCUUAAACAUGAAUAUGAUGACAAUCAGAAAAUCGAACCAGUGUGGUAUAUUCCAAUCAUUCCUAUGGUUCUUGUAAAUGGAGCUGAGGGAAUUGGUACUGGAUGGAUGACUAAAAUUCCAAAUUAUAAUCCUAGAGAUUUAGUUGAUAAUUUACGAAAAAUGAUAGAAAGUGAAGAUCCAAAAGAAUUGCAACCUUGGUAUAAAAAUUUUAAAGGCACUAUUGAAUUUUGUGAGUCUGGAAGAUAUUGUGUCAGUGGUGAAAUUGCAAUCAUUGGCAAUGAUAAAAUUGAAAUUACUGAACUUCCUGUUGGAGUCUGGACACAAAAUUACAAAGAAAAUGUAUUGGAACCUUUAUUACAUGGUUCUGAAAAAGUGAAAGCAAUCAUUAGUGACUACAAAGAGUAUAACACAGAUACAACUGUAAAAUUUGUGGUGACUUUACUUAGUGGCCAAUUACAAAAUUUAGAAAGAGAAGGCUUGCACAAAGUUUUCAAGUUGCAAACUAUUAUAAACACCAGCUCCAUGGUUUGCUUUGACGAAUUUGGUUGUUUGAGGAAAUACGAUUCAGUAAUGGAUAUUAUGUCGGAAUUUUUCACUAUUCGUUCAAAACUCUAUGGAGCAAGAAAAGAUUAUUUAGAAGGUGUCUUGCAAGCUGAAGCAGCUAAGUUGACAAAUCAAGCCAGAUUCAUAAUGGAAAAGUGUAGUGGUGUAUUGGUUGUUGAAAACAAGAAAAGGAAAACAAUAGUUGAUGAAUUGAUCCAGCGAGGUUAUUCUCCAGAUCCAGUUAAAGAGUGGAAAGAAAGCAUCAAAGCAGAGGAGGAAGAGGAAAACAAAGAUGAGGAAGAAGAGAUCAAUGAAGAUGAAGAACAAGAAGGCUCAAAAGCUUCUUCUUCUAAGGCAAAACCUGUAGACCCAGAGAAAGCUUUUAAAAGUCUAAGUGAUGUUAAAAAGUUCGACUAUCUAUUGGGCAUGUCCAUGUGGAUGUUGACUGAUGAAAGGAAGAAUGAGCUUCUGAAGCAACGCGAUCAAAAAUUAUUCGAAUUAGAUAUUCUUCGUAAAAAAUCAGCUAACGAUUUGUGGAGGGAAGAUCUCGAUGUCUUUUCCGAACAAUUAGAAAUCGUAGAAGAAAAAGAACGACGUGAAGAAGCUGGAACUGUAAAGAAAGAGAAGGAAAAGAAACCUACAUUGGGAAGGAAAAAGAUUAAUCUAAGUGAAACUAUGCCAUCGCCAAUGGCAGAAAGAGUUGUACCAACCAUUAGUGAGGACAUCAAAAAGAAGGUUCAGCUAUCUAUUAAGAUCAAGGAAUCUAAAGUGAAGAAAGGCAUUAAAAAAGAAGGUGGAUUGGAGGAUAUAGAUGAAUUUGAUGAAAUGGUAAAUAAAAAGUCUCUUAAGGAGAGAAUAGGCAGUCCAGGAGAAGAAAAGAAACCACGAGGUCGUAAGAAAAAGGAAGCCGCAUCUGAUGGACUUAAACAAACAAAACUGGCAUUUGGAAAAGCAGAAAAUGGUGAGCCAAAGAAACGGGGUAGAAAGAAGAAAAUUGUUGACGAUGACGAAGAUUCGGAUUUGCACAGCGAUACAGAACCUGUCGCUCCUCCAAUUGUUAGAGAGAGAAGAGCUGUCGCAAAGGCCAUUAAUUAUUCGAUGUCGGAUGAAGAAGAUACUAAAAUCUCAUCUGAUGAUGAAGAUAUGUUCCAUGACAACGACGCUAUUGUGGAAGAUAAUACACCAGCUCAAAUAGAAAAAAUGUCUGACAGCGAGGAUGACAACAAACCUCCUCCUGUACACGAAACUUCCGAAGAUAUGUUUGAUAAUCUGGUGGGGAGAAAGAAGACUGAUGAUGUAAAAGAAAAGAGCAAACCGGUAGUACCUAAAAAACGAAAAAUUGUAGUGUCGAGUCAAUCAGAUUCCGAUGUAGACUCGAUGGAUUUUAAUAUCGAGGACAGCGACGAUGAAGACUUUGCUCCAGCUAAAUCAAAAAAAGGUGCCAGUAAAUCAAAGGCCAAAGCGGCACCAAAGCCAAGGAAGAAAAAGAAAGUUACUAGUGAUUCUGAUGAUGACUAAUUAUAUCGCCAAUAAGAUUAAAUUCAUUUUAGAUCAUUGUAGAAUGUGAUGUUCCCGUUUUAUUUAAUUUCAUAAUUAGUUUUUAAUUAAAUUUUUCAAAUAAAACGAUUUAAUUAUUGACUUUGUAAA